CGUGGGGGCGGCCCCCGGGGGGCUCCCGGCCCAUGGCCUUCAUGAUGAUAAAGAAGAAGAAGUUCAAGUUCCGCGUGGAGCUGGAGCUGGACGAGCUCUCCUCCGUGCCGUUCGUUAACGGCAUCCUCUUCUGCAAGGUGCGGCUGCUGGACGGCGGCAGCUUCAGCGGGGAGUCCUCCCGGGAGGUGGUGCAGGCAAACUGUGUCCGCUGGAAGAAAAAAUUCAUAUUUAUGUGUAAAAUCAGCGCCAGUGCCACCACAGGGAUUCUGGAUACUUGUAUCUGCAGAGUGUCUGUGCGGAAGGAGUUAAAAGGAGGAAAGGCAUAUGCAAAGCUGGGCUUUGCAGAUUUAAAUCUAGCAGAGUUUGCUGGAUCAGGAAAUACCACUCGUCGCUGUUUAUUAGAAGGUUAUGAUACCAAAAAUACAAGACAAGAUAACUCCAUUCUCAAAGUGUUGAUCAACAUGCAGCUAAUGUCUGGAGACCCAUGUUUUAAAAUGCCUCCUUCCACAGCAACAUCUAUAGCAAUUGCGGGAGAAUCAGAAUCUCUGCAUGAAGAUAGAAAAGGCAGAGAAGACUUAAAAGUAGUACAUCUAGGUGUAGCAGAUGUAUCAUCAAAGAGUGCCUCAGUUCCUGAUGUAAUUGGUGCAUGUGGACAUUCCAGAACAUCAAGCUAUGCAAGUCAGCAGUCAAAACUGUCAGAAUACAGCACAUGUCACUCUAGAUCAGCCAGUCUGUCUGAACUCAGUCACAGGAGAAACACCUCAGUGGGUAGCACCUCAACAGGAAUUGGAAGUAUUCUAGAACCCUGUAAAGAGACUGAGCCAAAAGUAACUAACACUGAUACAUCUACUAAAGAUACAUCAUCAGAAAAACUGUGCAGACAUCCUGUAAAGCAAGACUCUGUGGAAUCACAGUUGAAGAGGGUUGAUGCUACCAGAGUUGACGCUGACGAUAUAGUUGAAAAAAUACUCCAGAGUCAAGACUUCAGUUUAGACUCAAGUGCAGAAGAAGAAGGUUUAAGAUUAUUUGUGGGUCCUGGUGGGAGCACUUCUUUUGGAAGUCAUCAUCUACCUAACAGAGUAGGAUCUGGAGCAUAUGAACAAGUGGUGAUAAAACGCUAAGCUAGAAUGACUUGACCAGAAGAGGAAAACACAGAACUCUAGCAGCAACAUUCUAAUUCACGUUUCUUCAACUGCAAGAGUUGUGAAAGCCAAGAGGAACUUUGUAUGAACCUGUUUUGGAAAAAGUAUUGGAAUGUCUCUUGCUCAGAGAGCUUUAUCUUCUAUGAUAUCAAGGCAAUGUCUAGAUGUCUACAUGUUGUGCAAGUACUUGGACUGUUUUUAUAAGCUGUACCUGAUGUUAAAGUGAAUUACUUUUAAGUUCCAUAAAUUGUUGGAAGCAUGACUAAAUGGGUCCUGUUUCAAUGUUUUACAUAGCAGGUCACAUGUAGAUAUGUGCCCUGCAGCUUCUUUUCUAAAGAAACUUCAAGAAGUCAUAAAUGAGCCCAUAGAAACAAAUUAAGACUCAAUUUGGUCCUACCUUAUGAAAGCCUUGGAAAAGCUACCUCUUUCUAUCAAGUCAAAGCUACUAUCAUGUGAAGGUUAUGGCUUCCCUAGAGCUCUGCUUUAAACAGGCAAAAAUCUUUUCUGAAAAGUACUGAAUAUAACUUCAUUUUAAGGAUGAAGAGUGGAUGUGAAACUCACAUGCGUUAAAAAAAAGACUCCAUAGAUGUAUAUCAUCAGCCAGUAAUAGGCUGUGUUAAUUGUAAUUGAUAUUUAGAUGCUUACAUGUAUGAAAUGCACUAUAGGAGUGACAAAGCAAGUAGGAUAUAUCAAAAUACCAGUGCACAGCAGUUAUUAUCAAGAAUGCUGGUUGUUUCCCUUCGGAUUGUUAAGGACGGAGUUCAGAAGCCCCUUACACAGAAACUUACUUCUGUGCACAAGCCUCGAGAUUCAAUGGGAUGGGACCAUUUACAAACCUCAUCAGUAGUUUACUACCACUUUCAACUUUUUAUUGCAGCUUAACCCUCCUCAGUGUUUUUCUAGUGUUAGAAGGUGCCUUGAGGGGAUAGGGAAGGUACAGAGAUAUUAAACUAUUUACUAAGCAAUUCAAGAUUUAAAACUACUACCAGUAUAACUUAUUAAGAUAAGCACUUUAUUGUAGAGGUAUGCUACGCUCUUAAAAAGAAUUUCUGUGCAACAGAUUUGCCUUUUCAUGUUGAACACUUAUUCCGUCACUAUCUGUCCACUGUAACAUUAAGGACAAUGGACUCUACUUACGUUUGUGCAGAUGGUGAUUUGCCUGCCAGAUGAGAAAGAUGAAUGAAGAAAGAAAAUUAUGAAAAAUUUUGUUAAGAAUUUUGAAAGAAUCCAUAUUCCCAAAAAUGUAGUUCUGAUGACAGUUUGGGCUUGGAUCUGCUGUAUUUUUAAUUGCUGACUUGCAUUUUGUUAUGACUGAUUGUAUUAUUAAUCAAUAAUUAUUAAAAAAUAAGCGAUACAAAUAGCAUGACCAUUUUUAGAAAGCUCUGAAUGCUUUCAAUUCAUCUCAAACUCAAGUUUGACAUCCUUCUGAAGUAUAUGUAGGCCUUAUUUAAUUGGUUUAAUGAGGGAAAAUCAAACUUUGUUUUCCAAAUACACUGUGGUUAUCAAACUCACUUGGUUUUAAGGAAGUUUUGGUGUUUGAAGUGUGAGUAGUGUUACUGAAUAAGAUGAAUUAAUUAUUUCUCUAUUAUGGUACUUCAACAUAUUUCCUGCUGUAAACUAUAAUCUAAACAUUUCUAUGGGUAAAAAGAAUUAAUGCAAAUAUAUUCUAGCUGCUGUAAGUGUGAUAUUAUCUAAAAUUUCAUUGGAAAAAUGGAUAAACAGACAAUACCUAAUUGCAAGUAUACUAUCAGAGCCUGAUACUUUCCUAAAAAAAGAAAAAAAAGCAGCCACAACCUACUGCAAGCCAGAAGAUGCAUGGAAAUUGCAUUAUGUUGCUUUCAGUACUUGUAAACACUGCUAUGCUUUUUUGACCAAUCUAGUAGAACCAUUAAUAAUUUCCUAGUUUACUAGGAAAAUUAGGCACAGCUAGAAGAAAUGUAAAAACGCUGUAUAGCUACCUAUGUAAUUGUGAAAGGGAAUUUCCAUAGCCCAGAUUUGUUUUCUAUGUUAAAUUCCAUAGCUAACUGUCCUAGAUAAGCUAUUUGUGUACUAGAAACCCAUUAUUUUCUUCCCUGGACAGACUUUUAUAAAUAGGAGAAAGUUUUACAUGGAAAUUGAGCUUUAAAUAAAGCUGUGUUCUGGCAUUUUUUUGUUCAUCUUCAAGCUACAAUUCUUAACCAAGUAAUUCUUGAAUUGUGCAUAUUUUAAAUAGAACAGCUAUUUUCUUUUUUGUAAACUAUGCUGUAAGAACAUUGAACACUCAUGUUGUGAAUUGUUUGGAAUAUGUUUUCUGGCUGUAUUUAAUGCCAAUGUCUCGGACAUACAAUAAAUGAUAUCUAAAUAAUACA